UGCAGCGGCCGGACAGGGGUCGCCCUGGGGCUCUGAGGCCUGUCCUGAUCCAUAAGGCCCUGCGCAGGCCCAGGACCAUGGCCUUGCAGACUGCUCUACCUCCCCCAGGGUCCCGCAGGACCCCCACCCACAUCCUGCUCCUGCUUCUCAGCCUUGGGUGGGGGCUCCCUUCCGGGGUCCAGGCUGCAGACCCGAGACCGGGUGUCAUGACCCCCUGGCUGCAACGCACCUCCCGGGACCCGUCUCGGCAGGGGCCCGAGCGGACGGCUGUCCUCCCGAGGGACCGGCGGGACACACAGAACAAGGCCUGCCCCCCCGCGCGCAGGGCCCCUGUGCUGGACGAAAACCUUGUCUUCUACGAGCCCUGGGAGCUGGCGGCCUGUGUGGACGGGGCCCUGCUGGCCGCUCACAUGGGCCGGGUGAACACUCUGCCCUUCACCUACCAGCAGCUGGGUGUUUUCAAGCGCAAAUUGGACGAGCUCUAUCCACAGGGCUACCCCGAGUCCCUGGUCCGGGACCUCAGGUACUUCUUCCUCGAGCUCACCCCCGAGGACAUCCACAAGUGGAACGUGACAUCCCUGGAAACCGUGCAGUCUCUUCUUAAAGUCAGCAGUGGGCGCGAGAUGGAUGCUCAGGUGGCUGCCCUGAUUGCCCGCUAUGUGGCGGGAGGGGGGCAGCUGGACAAGGCCACCCUGGACGCGCUGGCAGCUUUCCAUCCGACAUACCUGUGCUUCCUCAGUCCUGAGCAGCUGGGCUCAGUGCCACACAGCGUCGUCUGGGCGGCCAGGCCCCAGGACCUGGAUGCAUGCGGCCCGGUGCACAUGGACAUUCUCUACCCCAAGGCCCGAGAUGCCUUCCAGAACAUAAGCGGGUCUGCAUACUUUGAGAGGAUCAAGCCCUACCUGGGUGGGGCCCCCACGGAAGACCUGCGGGCUCUCAGUCGUCAUAACAUAAGCAUGGACGUGCCCACAUUCAGAACGCUGCGGCCCAAGGCAGUGCAACCGCUGACCGUUGCCGAGGUGCAAAACCUUCUGGGUCCAAACCUGGUGGGCCUGAAGGCGGCGCAGGAGAGCAGCCCGGUGCGGGAUUGGAUCUUACGGCAGCGGCAGGAUGACCUGGACAGUCUGGGCCUGGGGCUCCAGGGUGGCAUCCCCAACGGCUACCUGGUCGUGGACCUCAGCUUCCGAGAGGCCCUCUCAGGGGGCGCCCGCCUGCUGGGACCCGGACCUGUGCUCUCUGCGGUCCCAACUCUGCUGUGGGCUUUGGUCCCCAACUGAACCCGCUGCUCUGGGUGCCGGACCUGCCCUGCUGUGAGGCCCCACCUGGCCAGAGCGGCCGGGUGCUCCGUCGCCUCCCCCAAGGGGACUGGGGUUCAAUAAAAGGACGCUUUCCUUUCCUGCA